CUAGAAACCUGCAAUGGAAUCCACAUGAGUAUAUAUUCUUCCCUUCCGCCUUUGGCUCUGGUCUCGGAAAUUCAUUUUCUCUGCUUCCGACGCAAUGGUGAAGUAUUCCAGGGAGCCCGACAAUCCCACCAAGUCCUGCAAAGCCAGGGGUGCAGAUCUCAGAGUUCAUUUCAAGAACACUAGGGAAACAGCACAUGCUAUUAGGAAGCUCCCUCUAACAAAGGCAAAAAGGUAUCUUGAAGAUGUAUUGGCCCACAAACAGGCCAUUCCUUUCACCCGCUUCUGUAGAGGUGUUGGAAGGACUGCUCAGGCGAAGAACAGACAUCCCAAUGGACAGGGACGAUGGCCUGUAAAAUCUGCCAAAUUCAUUCUGGAUUUGCUUAAAAAUGCCGAAAGCAAUGCUGAGGUCAAAGGGCUUGAUGUGGAUUCUCUCUACAUCUCUCACAUUCAAGUGAACCAAGCCCAGAAGCAAAGGCGCCGCACAUACCGUGCUCACGGUCGAAUUAACCCUUACAUGUCUUCCCCAUGCCAUAUUGAGUUGAUCUUGUCUGAAAAAGAAGAGCCUGUAAAAAAGGAGCCUGAGUCUCAAAUUGCUGCAAGCAAACCUAGGAAGGCUUAGGCAUUGCUUAUCCAAUUUUUUGUCCUUGUGAUGACUGUCAUGCACCCUACAAGUCAUGUUUCUGAUGUCAAAUGAUUGUCACUAUCAUAACAGUGGAUUGUCAUUUUGUAUUCCGCCUAAAAGUAAUCUGGUUGUUUAUGUUGUGAGCCAUUAGUAGUUUUCUUUUGAUGUGUUUAAGUUCAAUCUUCAUUUGUAUACAAAAUGGAAUUUUGGACAUGAUGCCAUUGUUUUUUUUAGAAAUGCGAAUUUGUUUUUUCAAAAUGGAAUUUUGGUCAUUAAGGGCUAGUUUGGGCACCUGAUACCGAAAUUAAGAUAUCUGAAUUAG